AAAGUGCAAGUACAGCAACUUUUAAGGAAGAGAAUGCAUGUGCUCGAGUAUUUCCUCGGUACCCACAAGCUAGGUACAAAAUAGGUCGUUUGACUCGUUCACCAUACAAAGCAUAAAUCUGCGCCUAUCUUCCCCAUCACAAAUUCCCUCUUCAAUCUCAAUAAUUUCGGUCUGAUCUGUCCAUGAAAAUGGUGUCCAAGCUUGGCACCUGGUUGGUACCUGUCUUUGUGAUUCUGUUGGUGGGGAUGUCCACCGCAUCUGAAAUCACCGCUGAAGAAGAAGAGCUUUCUUCCAUGGUGGAGCGCCACGAACAAUGGAUGGUGCGCCAUAAUCGUUCGUACGCCGACGAAGCCGAGAAGGCCAAGCGAUUCCUUGUGUUCAAGAAGAACGCGGAGUUUGUCGACUCUUUCAACAAAGGCGAUCAUUCUUACACACUGGGUCUCAAUGACUUCUCCGAUUUGACCGACGAUGAGUUCACCAGUUCAAUGAUGGGUAACGAACUUACAGAUCUCAGUAGUGAUUAAUCAGUGAUUCGAUUUCUUGGAUCUGGGUUUUACUUCACUUUUUGACUUUUUGAUGUAAUUAUCGUGAUUAGACAAGUGUUUUUCAUUUACUACUCCGAAAGUCCGGAUGAAGAAAUACAGUUCUCAUUCUGUAAUUAGCUAAUUAGCUAAUUUGGUACUCCGUAUCUGGUAAACCGCAGUGCCCUCCCUCUUUAAUUAUAGUAUGAUGAUAGAUAGUAUGAACGUAUAUUUUCUCUGCAA